UAACGGGGCAGAAGAGUUGCAUCUCAAGACGUCAAGUGGAGAAGUGAAUUUAAGAAGGUCUCUGGUGCAGUUCACCACAGAACUCAAACCAAAAACUGCGUGCUAAAGGAAGAAGAAAUAUGAAUCUGCUUGGAAAAGUCUUCAUUUUACUUCCGCUGUUAGUUUCGCAAAGCGUUGGCAUUAUCAGAAUUCCCCUGCAUAAGACUCGCUCUGUGCGGCGCGCGCUGAGCGAUGGAUUGACAUUUGAGGAGCUAAAAUCUGCGGCCGAAGCCGCCUGGCGCUCUGAUAAAACGACCACUUCCUCCAAAACGUCUAUCCCAACGACUACGGCCGCAGCAACAACUACUGCCACGACUACUGCUGCAACCACUUCACCUACUACCACAGUUACCCCAACAACCCCCCCUCCGACUCCAUCUCCCACACCCUCCAUCCCUGUGGAGAAACUCACCAACUUCAUGGACGCUCAGUACUAUGGUGUGAUUAGCAUUGGAACCCCGCCCCAGCCCUUUAAAGUUCUGUUUGACACUGGCUCCUCCAAUCUGUGGGUACCCUCCAUCCACUGCUCCUUCCUGGACAUAGCAUGCUGGCUGCAUCAUCGCUAUAACUCUAAGAAGUCCAGCACCUACGUCCAAAACGGCACCAAGUUCAGCAUCCAGUAUGGCCGUGGCAGUCUGUCUGGUUUCAUCAGUCAGGACACAGUGACUCUGGCUGGGUUGGAGGUUCUGGGGCAGCAGUUUGGGGAAGCAGUUAAGCAGCCUGGCCUGGUCUUCGCUGCCGCCCGUUUUGACGGAGUUUUAGGGAUGGCAUAUCCUGCAAUCUCUGUGGACCAGGUCAAACCUGUAUUUGACACCAUCAUGGCAGCAAAACUCCUGCCCAAAAACAUCUUCUCCUUCUACAUCAACAGAGACGUGAAGUCUGGCGUGGGGGGGGAACUGAUGCUCGGGGGGGCAGAUCCACAGUACUACACUGGAGAGCUUCAUUAUCUUAACGUUACCAGGAAAGCAUACUGGCAGAUCCAGAUGGACACGGUGGAGGUGGGGAACACUCUGACCCUGUGUAAGACGGGAUGUCAGGCGGUGGUUGACACAGGAACAUCGCUCAUUGUGGGACCGACUCACGAGAUCCGGGCCUUGCAGAGAGCAAUUGGGGCAUUCCCGCUAUUGAUGGGAGAGUACUGGAUCGACUGUAAAAGGAUCCCAUCUCUCCCAGUUAUUGCCUUUAAUCUGGGUGGAAAGAUGUUUAAUCUGACUGGAGACGACUACGUCAUGAAGAUCAGUAAGAUGGGUACGACCAUCUGCCUGUCAGGAUUCAUGGCCAUGGACAUUCCCCCGCCGGCUGGGCCCCUGUGGAUUCUGGGAGAUGUGUUUAUUGGGCGUUACUACACAGUGUUUGACAGGGAUGCUGAGCGUGUGGGAUUUGCUCCAUCCCGGAAGAAGAGAGUCGAGUGACUCUGCACCUGAAGGCAGCCAAGCACCAGCCAAAAUGACCGAAAGGCACUGAAUGGAGGAGAGUCUGAGGAUUGUUUUUAAUACGGAGAUUCUGUUAUUUGAGUGGAAAUUGGGCUUGAUCAGGGUGUCCUGGAGGUGGGUUUUGAAAUGUGUGUUAUGUUUCAUGCCAUACUGCAGACAGGUUUUUUUUGUUUGUUUUUUUUUAAAUAUUUGUUACACAGUCACAACCUUCCAUACUGCUGGUUAGGUAAAAGCUUCAGUCAUAAGAAACUCAUUAAAUCCAGGAUAAGGACUGUCGGUACACAGCUGGGCUACGGGUCCUCAGAUGUACACUUCAGACAAAAGAAAAAAACAUUAAAAUGUGUGGA